GAGCAAUUGACGAGAAAUCGAUGGAAUUAGAGACUCCGUUUUCGAAUCGGGACGACGUCGACUGCUAGAAAAACAUGUGUCACAGCAACGACGACGUCAGUACAUCGAAACGUGACGCCAAACGUCAUCCGGUGCGAAUUCUGGAAAGAAGAUACCUAUUAACUAAGACGGGGUACAAGUUCAUAGACGUCGGUAUCACAGCCGUACUCCCGUGUUACAUACACAUCGUCAUAGGAGAUUGUCACGGCAAGGAGAUCUCACUCUCGCCCGAAACGUGGAAUGAACUCAUCGAUCGUAAACGCGCGGUGUUGUCUCAUCUACAGCGCGGAAAGAACGAGCGCGCUCCACCACCGAUGUGCUUCGAAAACGGAAAACUGAAAUUACGAUUUAGCAAGAUUAACACUCUGUCGACCCUACGCCUGGAAACGUCCACGACUCGUAUGAUCGUGUCGACGAACACCGUCCUCCUCAUGUUCGACCUAGAACUUUGCGUCAACAGCCUCGUGAAUUCGUUGCGCGCGAUCAUCGACACGAUCGACGCGAAGCUGACGCGCUUUGUCGCUAUUGCGGCCACCGUGACGGAUCCCGCGAACGUCCCAAGAGCGAUACGCGAGAGCGAAUUCUUCGAUCGCGAUGACAUCGUUGACUGCGAGUUAGUCGCUCUGUGCUUCGGGAAUAUUGAGAAAUUAUUGUAA